AUGACACAACCACGAAGCUCGGAACAGUUACGUACCAACACGGCCGCCAGUGCUGGCAACAUUACUAGUACUGCAUCAUCCCCACCGUCUACUAAAGAGCAGAAGGAUCAAACGAAGCUUGAAACGAAGAAACCGAAGAAAAAGGUACCCGUAACGCUACACAUGGUGACCUCCAAUGACGACGACAGCACGGGCAACAGUAGUACGAGCAUUCGCAUUCCCGCGUGGCUCAAGAUGUACUUUUUGUGGCAUAAGACGGCCUUAUCUCAAAUAAACGAAUCCAACUGGCAACAACACCGCUUUCUCGUCAUGACGUGCUUUCAUGGGAUGCGAUGCGGGGGCGUCACUGAUCGUUUACGGCCCAUCUUACCAAUGCUAAGGGCAGCACAUCAGAGUAAACGGAUCCUGCUCAUUUACUGGGAACGACCGUUUCCACUCGAAGAGUUCUUGCUGCCGCCUGAAGGAGGAUUGGAUUGGAGGGUCCCAGAAUACAUGAUCCCGCAAAUCAAACAAAACGGGCCGAGCACACACUUUGCUUCGUACCACAACAAGCGAAAUCCCAAACCCAUCCUCAAUACUCUAUAUCAGUCAUGGAACUACGGAUGGCUAUGGUACAAUGAACAGCUUGAAGACGACGAGCCCUCUGCACUGGAGAUGUUCAAGCAAGUAUGGACUCAACACUUGUUUCAAAUGUCUCCGCCCGUACAACAACUCUACGAAAAAGUAUUCGAUUCCCUGCAGCUGCAACCGGGACAAUUCGCAACGGCACACAUCCGGGCACUCUACGGGUUGGAGAAACGACCACACGUCGAAACCAUUGCUCUCGUUCGCAAUGCAAUGAAUUGCGCCUCCAACCUUCGACCAGGAGGACCCUUCCUGGUGGCAUCGGACCUGCUAGAUGCUCUGCACGAGGCAGAAAAGUAUGGAUACGAAAAGAACGUCACAGUUGUGGCACCAAACUAUCAAAAGGAACCACUUCAUAUUGGACUGCACAAUGAGAGUGAUAAAUCAGUCACGCCCACUGAUUUCUAUUCUGUCUUUGUCGAUAUCUACCUUUUGGCACAGAGUCGAUGCGUGGCGGUGGGACCUGGGGGAUUCGGACAUUGGGCUCAAAUCAUGGGCUAUGAUCACAAGUGCUGGAUACGGCACAGCGGAGAGCGGUCUCAAAACUGUGAGUGGAAGCAACCAGAACAGCAACAACUCACAAUAGACCAACCCAAGGAACCACAGCUUGCAAUUAGAACCGUCGCACCUCCACCGUCACCAGCAGCAAAAACAGAAGAAGAUUUGGAGGUGAUGAUUGCAGUCAAGGAAGUUGAGACCAAGAAACUCGCCAUUGGUCAAUUAGAAAAGCGACUGGCAGAAAUGAAGCAAGAACUACUAGAAGCAGCACAACAGCUGGUCGACGUUAAGAGCUCUACCGGGGCUCCUUCAACAACUGGCGCGAGAACAAUGAAGAGGAAGGAAUCUAGUGAAGGGGAGAGGGAGUCAUCCACGGCGACAACGACAGGUUCCUUGAGUUUUAUGAAGGCAUUAAAAGAAACACUCCUUGAGGCACAGGCAGUCGCGAGGGAUACAAAACAGUUACAUUAUCCACGAAGCACACUAACGAAACUUCCUGAACGCUCACGGGUGGUGAACGACGCCACCGCAACCAACACGACGAAAGACAAGAACCAGAUGUUGCGGGUAUCUUAUGCGCUGAAACAAAAGUUGGCCAAGUCGAUCCGGGGACGACAGACGCCAAGCACGACCCUGCAACAUGGAGGGCUCGUAGAAGAUGACAAUGACAAUGACGAUGACACAUCCGAGGACACGUCGGUGGCAGAACAGCACGUAAGCCUCGUGGAGGACCACUUUGAUGAUGACAUAGAAGGGGAGGAUGAUACUUCUCCUACUUCUUCUGAAAUGUCAACGACUGGAGUGUUCAACGACUACGUAGCCAUGAAUCCAAAUCGGGACAAUCUCUGGGACGACUCCAGCACCAUGCCAGGCUGGAUGAAGCAGUAUUUUCUCUGGCACAGGGAGCAGAGAGCGGCGUUGACGCCAGAUAACUUUCGAGAACAACGAUUCAUCAUCAUGACUUGUCUACGAGGUGCAAAGUGCGGAGGAAUGACGGAUCGACUAAGGCCAAUCCUAGCCUAUUUGCAGGUAGCGCAUCUCACUUCGAGACUUUUCUUCAUUUACUGGGAAAGGCCAUUCCCUUUGGAAGAGUUCUUGCUACCUCCAGAAGGUGGCAUGGAUUGGCGGAUGCCCAAGUUCCUGUUGCCUGAGCUUUACAAAACACAGAGAACUGGCAACCUAGAAUUGAGAUUUUAUCAGAAGCCCGAGCCGAUGAUUAUGUCUACCACUUUCCAAAGCUGGCACUAUGGGGAACAAAGCUACAAUCAAAACAAGGCCAACGAUGAGCCAGAAGCCAUCAAUGUCUUUCGUGAUGCCUGGAACGUCAUGUUCACUCCAUCUCCUCCCGUGGCUGGUAUGAUUGCCAACAGCUUUGAUCAACUAGGGAUCGUUCCUGGGCAAUAUUCCACCGCUCAUAUUCGGGCACUAUAUGGGAUCGAAGCUCGUGGUGAGCGUGAGAUCACUGUAUUGGUCAAGAAUGCACUCAACUGCCUCUCGCAAAUCGACCAAUCUGGUGGACCAUACUUGGUGGCUGCCGAUACCUCUGUGGCCAUUCACAUUGCGAAGCAAUAUGGAUCAUUUCGAAAUGUGACAGUUGUCUCACCUCCUCAUGGAGAGCACCCACUGCAUCUUGGCUUGCACAACGAAAGCGAUACGUCAGUAGUGCCAGCGAACUUUUACAGUAUUUUCAAUGACAUGUACUUGAUUGCAGAGACAAAGUGUACAGUAGUGGGACGCGGUGGCUUUGGACGAUGGGGUAUCUUGUUGGGGCAUGAGCCCAGUUGCAACAAGUUCAGCAGUGGCUUCAAAGCAGAAACCUGCGGUUGGAAGGAUUCUGCUCCUCGGGCAACUGAGGAAAUGGAGGAAGAGGCACUGCAGCAGAACCAGCAUCACAGAGUGCAUGCGAAGAUGCCAUUCCGAAAACCCAUGCGCGGAGCAGUCCAACGAUGA